GAACGUAACAUCAUUCAUUAAUGAUGGCGCCGGCCAAAAAACGCAACGUGAGUUCGGUAAAAUCAACACAAAUAAACGUAAAAACAGCUAAAAUCGACCUUAGCUGUAAAGUGGAAAGUAUACUUAAGAGCAGAAAACAUGCUAACGACGUUUUUGACAUCCUCGAGUUCCUUCAGUCAGAAAAAGAGAAGGAUGUUGUCAGUGCUGUCAGUGUGUGCAGUAAAUUGUUCUGCACUUUGUUGGAGAGGAAAGAACUGUUCAUGGGAAAACUGCUUGGAGAGGAGGAGGCGCUGAGUGGAAAGUGCAGUGCUGAAGAGAAGUAUCGCAUCUUCAUGAGACACCGUUACAACAGUUGUGUUGAGAUGUUGCUUGAGCACCUCAGCCAUGAAGGUUACAGCGUCAAGGAGAGUGCCUUGUGCUGCCUGAUGAAGUUUGCUGCAGCAGAAGGACAGCAUCCUUUAGAGGACUUGGACUGGAGUGAACACUACAGCUUCCCAAGGGAACUCAUCCAGGCUGUGGUAGAGAGAUUGCUGUCCAAAUCUACAGACAACUCCCUGCUGAUCUCCAGGUUCCAGGAGUUCCUCGAGAUGGAGGAUGUACGCUAUUAUGUCAUGAGCUCCAUCCGAGAGAAUGUGGGCAAAGUCAUGGACAAAAGUAAAGGGGCAGUGGUGCCCAUAUACCAGAACAAUCUGUUCACCCUCAUGUCCAGCAUUAGUAUGCCAAGCCAGGAGUCAGAGCUCUCCAACUUCAUGGUCAAACAGGAAGCCAAGCACGAGGAUUGGAAAGCUGCUAAACUAAAUGAACACAAACGUGUCUUUGAGAGGAUGUGGCUUGGCUUUCUCAAGUAUAAGCUGCCAAGCAGCAUGUAUAAAAAGGUCUUGGUGAUCCUCCAUGAAUCCAUUUUGCCCCACAUGAGCAAACCCACGCUGAUGAUUGACUUCUUAACUGCUGCCUAUGAAGUUGGUGGGGCAAUCAGCCUGCUGGCCCUUAAUGGCCUUUUUGUUCUCAUACAUCAACAUAACCUGGAUUAUCCUGAUUUCUACAAAAAGUUGUAUAAUCUGCUUGAUCCUUCUAUUUUCCACGUGAAGUACAGAGCGCGCUUUUUCUACCUAGCCAACCUCUUUCUAAGCUCCAGCCACUUGCCAGUGUACCUAGUGGCUGCAUUUGCCAAACGCCUGGCUCGACUGGCUCUGACAGCACCGCCUUCAGCCCUCCUUGUAGUGCUGCCUUUCAUCUACAACCUGAUCCGUCGCCACCCAUCUUGCAGAGUCCUUAUUCACAAGCCCAACACAGACGGUGAACCUGUGGAAGACCUAUAUGUAAUGGAUGAGGAGGAUCCCGCACAGUGCCGUGCCUUAGAGAGCAGUUUGUGGGAGAUUAAGACACUGCAGAAGCAUUACUAUCCAGAUGUGGCCAAAGCUGCCAUGUUGAUCAACACACCCCUGUCAGAACAAGAGGAUGACAUCAGUGAGAUGCUGGAGAUAACAACAUAUGAGCUGAUGGAGAGAGACCUGAAGCAGACCCAGAACAAGAGCAUCCCCCUGGAGUUUGAAACGGCCACACAGUUACUAAAAGGAGGGGGCGAUGUGUUAGGACAGCACUUUUGUCUGAAUUAGAAUAAGUUAUAAACAAGGAGACUGUAUUCACUGUGUCAUAUAACUGUCAGGAACCUGUUCAUCUGAAUGUUUACCACAUUUUGAACUGAACAGAAUGUACGGACAGACCUCUUUUCAGAACAAAAAAAUGAUAAUGAGCAGCAGAAAGACAUUUGAUCUGCAGCUGUGUUAACAUGCUUUUCUUGACAGUGCCCCUGUGUGUGACUAAUAAAAAUCUUUCCAAAG